AUGGCGAACCACCAUCCCUCACCCACAAUGAUGCAGAUGCAACAACAACAGCAGCAGCAUCAAGCACCCGUGGCGCCCCCCCAGAAUGUCCCGCCGCCGCCCUUUGCGCCGUCGCAACAAAUUGCCGGUAUGAACGAGGCAGUAUGGUUGCAGAUUGGAAGUUUCUCCGAGCUGCUGCGCGUGCCCGACGAGGCAAUGCACGCCUACGAACGAGCCCUUCAGGCCAACCAGAACUCCACGGCGGCCAUGAAUGCCAUCGGCAUGCUACUCAAGGGACGCGAGGCUUUCGACAAGGCUCUGGAAUUCUUCAGAGCCAUGGUACAAAUAGAACAAAACAAUGGCGAGGCCUGGGGCAAUCUUGGCCACUGCUACCUCAUGACGGAGAACUUGCAAAAGGCAUACGACGCUUAUCAACAAGCCCUGGUCAAUCUCCGAGACCCAAAGGACCCUAUGCUUUGGUAUGGCAUCGGUAUUCUCUAUGAUCGCUAUGGCAGCUACGACUACGCUGAAGAGGCUUUCUCGCAGGUCAUGCAGAUUCAACCCGAUUUUGAGAAGGCCAAUGAGAUAUACUUUCGUCUUGGUAUAAUAUACAAGCAGCAGUCAAAGUUCAACCAAAGCCUUGAGUGCUUCAAGUACAUCGUCAAUUCUCCUCCCGGCCCUUUGACCCAGGAGGACAUCUGGUUCCAGAUCGGUCACGUCCACGAACAGCAAAAAGACUUUGAUAGCGCUAAAGCCGCCUACCAACGAGUUCUUGAUCACUCCCCCAACCACGCCAAAGUCCUUCAGCAGCUGGGAUGGCUCCAUCACCAGCAAAGCAGCGCAUAUGAGACCCAGGAUCGGGCCAUCCAGUAUCUGGAGAAAUCCGUCUCAGCUGAUAACCAAGAUGCCCAGAGCUGGUAUCUCUUGGGUCGUUGCUACAUGGCCCAGCAGAAAUACCCAAAGGCUUAUGAAGCGUACCAGCAAGCGGUGUACCGCGAUGGAAAGAACCCAACUUUCUGGUGCUCCAUUGGUGUGCUCUAUUAUCAGAUCAACCAGUAUCGCGAUGCCCUCGACGCCUACUCCCGCGCCAUCCGCCUGAACCCUUACAUUUCUGAAGUGUGGUAUGAUCUCGGUACUCUGUACGAAUCUUGCAACAAUCAAAUUGCGGAUGCCCUGGAUGCCUAUCAAAGAGCCGCCGAGCUUGACCCUGGCAAUCCUCACAUCAAGGCCCGUCUACAGCUCCUCCGGUCCGGUGGUAGCAAUGGCGGCGGACAGGCUCCGGCACCUCAACCUGCUGAUGUACAUCCUCAAGCCUACCAGGCCGCCGGUCCUUCUGGCCCAGUUGGACCACAAUGGGGUGGUUCUGCACAGCAGCCCCCUGCUGGCGGUCCUCCACCUGCGCCUGCUGGAGCUGGUGAUAACUGGGCUGGCAGACUCUCCAACGUCAACCCGCCACCACAACCACCCAAUCCGUAUGAGAACCGAGGAGAGCCGUUCAGGGGACCUCCCCCGCCUCCUCAGCGCCAGCCCAGCCCUCAACAGGACCAGCAGAUGCGGCAAGGAGGAUAUCAUGAACCCCGAGGUGCUCCUCCUGGUCCAUCUCGCCGUGGGCCUUCUCCAGCACCUGGCGCCCAUCAGUAUGGACAACCCCCUCCACCUCCGUCGCAAGGCCCAGCUCCGACUGAACGACGAGUUGCCAAUCCUAACUGGGGAGGCCCACCUCCGUCAUCCGGGGCUCAGCCAAACAGUGCUAAUGGAGCCAACGCGCCUUCCAAUGGUGCUGCUCCCUUCAGACCGCAAACCAACAGCCCUCGAGGUGAGGUUAGACCUCAUGAUAAUCGAAUGCCGUCCCCAAAGUCGGCUUACCCUCAGCACCCGGCGGCUCCCAGUUACCCCCCUCAUCAUCCUGAGGGUCCUCCUCCGCCAGGUGCUGCUGAGAAUGGCCCUCCGCCACCUCCUGGCGCCGGCCCUGAUGCGGCUGCACAGCGCCCUGACGACCGUCCACCGUCUGUUGGGCCAAAACGGAUGCGCGAGUGGGAAGAAGAGUCGGCUGCCAAGAAGCAGGCUAAUGAGGAAAACCGCGCUCGUCUGGAUGAUAUGAGGCACCGUAGACCAUCAACCCCUCCCCGGGAUGGCUAUCGCCGCAACUCUAAUGAAGCACGACGAGCUGAUGAACAGCGUCGCCCGGACGAGCCUAAGAAGGAGGAAUCUCGCCCUCAAAGUGAUAAUUACCAUCCUUCUGAGGCUGCUCACCACCCACAGAACCACUCCAUUGGCCCUAACCAGCUCCCGCCUAUGCAAACUGGCAAUGCCGCCUCCAGCGGUCCCCAAGACAAAGCACAAACCGGGCCAGGGCACAAGGAGGAGCGGCCAGCUUCGGAUCAACCCCCCUCUGCCGGGGCAGCUCCCGCCUCGGAACCUGAGCGAGCCGCAAGAAAGAUGGACGUCGACGAAGAUUACGAUGAUAGUCCUGAAGAGGACAAGAAGGCUGGCAUUGUUGCCAAUGGAUCUGGUCCCACGUCGGGGCCCGGUGAUGCAAAGUCAACAUCGCCAACGAUUGGAGGAGUCAAUGGUACAUCAAGCGCCGCCGCUAAAACGGAGUAA